AUGACUAUUGAAGAACGAAAUGAAAAGAUUUUAAGCGUCAUAUUCGAAACUUGCCCUGACGACGCCAAGAAUGAGCUUGUUUCUAGUAUAGAUGAAAGCAAUAAUGGUAUCUUACAUUAUGCUGCAAAAUUAGCACCUUCUAGUCAACUCAGUUCGAUAUCUGGUGCCGCUCUUCAGAUGCAACGGGAAAUACAGUGGUUUAAGGGGGUGGAAAAUAUUGUACCAGAAAAAGAUAAGUAUUUGAGAAACAAAGAUGGAAAUACAGCUCAAUUCAUAUUCACUGAACAACACAAGGAUUUAAUGGAGAAAGGAGAAAAGUGGAUUAAAGACACAUCUGGAUCAUGCAUGCUAGUAGCUGCCCUCAUUGCAACUGUCGCAUUUGCAGCAUCUAUUACUGUACCCGGUGGUAGUAUUAGUGAUACUAACAGCAGGAACAACGGCAUUCCAAUUUUUUUGGAGAAGAAUUCUUUUACAGUCUUUGCAGUAGCGGAUGCCUUGGCUCUAUUCUCCGCCAUCACUUCAGUACUCAUGUUCUUAGCUAUAUACACAUCUCGUUAUGGGGAAAAGGAUUUUCUCAAAUCCUUACCACAAAAACUGAUCAUUGGCCUUGCAUCCCUCUUCAUAUCUAUGGCCACCAUCAUGGUAGCAUUUGGGGCAGCACUUACUAUUGUUAUCGGACAUCGGUUUACAUGGGCUCCAAUUCCAAUUGCAUUGUUUGGGUCUAUUCCUGUGAUCCUAUUUGUAUUCUUGCAGUUGCCGCUGUUCAUUGAUAUGAGUACUAAAGAGUUCUGCGGAAUCAGGUUUAGUUAUAUUAGAGCCGAUCUUGCAUUUGAGUGA